UAUUGUAGUUGAUGUGAUCGUGACGCGCAACGCGCUUAAAGCGGACGGAGAUGACGGCAACUUGCUCUCUUUUAUUUCUGUCUUUUGUUGUGUUUAGGACAGUUUUUGCUCAAGGGGAUAUUGUGUGGACACCAUCAGAAUGUCGUAGGAUGAUGGAGUCGUGCGAGCUACUUUCCGGUCUUCCAGGACCCCCCGGAUCAAUUGGACUCAAAGGUUUUAAAGGGACCCGGGGAUCAAGUGGUCCACUUGGCGACAGAGGGUUUCCGGGAGAGCCCGGUGAUUCCCCACAGGGAGGUGGUGGAUUUCCCGUGAAAGGAGCAAAAGGGGACCUUGGAGAAGAAGGAGCAAAAGGAGCAAACGGGUUGAAGGGGGAACCAGGGAUACCCGGAGCGUCAGGGGCGCUGGGAUCAUGGGGACCUCCGGGAAUAUCGGGAGACAGAGGAGCAGUUGGCGAGACUGGACCCCGCGGGAUCAAUGGAGACCCUGGAGUGAGCGAGCUGAACUGGAAACAAUGUGUGUUCAAACCAGAUAUCAAUACAACACGAGGAGAAUUGUCUUUCUGCUCGUUUUUAAAAAUGCGCAGCGAUACUUCACUUCAUGUUACUUACCAGGGUGAGACACAUAUCGGUCUGUGCAAGACCUGUUGCAAGACUUGGCACUUCACCUUUGACAACUUGACGUGUACCGACCCUGGAAACAUCAACGCUGUGUUCAGCGCCUUGAACUUACUUACUGGUGGUGAAAGAAGUUCUCUUCCAACGUUUAUGCACGGAACGAUCUCCGGGUAUUGCAACUCAGUCCCUAGGGGCUUGGUUCGCGUAGGGAUCUCACUGGAUGAUUGCCCCGGAUAUCCCAGGGACCAGGAGAAUAUAUCCACCAUUAUGCAGCCUAACAGUCGGCUGAUCAUUCAGGAAGUUCCCGCCCCACAAUUUUAAAUAUGAGAGUAUUAUUAAAAACGCUUGAUUAAAAAGUGCUUCCUAGUUCUGGAAUUUAAUUCAAGUUGAUUUGAAUUUUGCUACAACUUUUUAGGUGCGUUGCAUUGUCAGUAUCUAAAUAACUGCGCACCAGCCCCUCCCCUAACCCAGCAUUAAACCUAACUUGUUAUCAGUCGACAAGGGGUGAGAAGGGGUGGGGAGGUGUGGGUGCGCAGUUCCUCAGAUCCUGACAUUAAUCCACGUUUUUUUAAUAGAUAUUUAAGUAAGUAACACGCAAGCUCACAAUUAUACACCCUAAGAGUAACAGAGUGGUGAACGUUGCUUAUUUCAGCUGUUCUCUGUAAGACUAAAAACGAUCCAACAAGUUUCUUGGGAAGUUUUAAGAUAUAUUUUAAGAUAUAUAAACAAGCUGCAUUCAAUCGCGCUUCUUAGGCGUUAUUAAAGGGUUCAGAGAUUUUUACCCAGGCCAGGAAUGAAAAGUUUCAUCCAGAUUCUGUAGUUUAUUUUUUCAUUAAAAAACUCUAAGAAUCAU